UGUAGUCUGUCCCGGCUUAUCAGCACCGUGUUUACAGGCAGAGCCACCAGUGUCCAGGCUGUCUCUGCACCGACACCAGCUGUAACUCUCUCUGCUCUCCCGGUACCGUUAGCUACAGUUAGCUACAGUUAGUUUAGUUUACCGGGGUUAGCUAUGGCUCCGACCGCUUUAGUCGUCCUGUUGUCGGUCGUGCUGUCCUCUGUGAGCGCCGGAGUGUUUUUCAAUCAGAAGCAGCCUUGUUAUGUCCGCUCACCGAGGAAAAGCAACUUUGGACUGAAUACUGCUGCUCGGCCUCAUGAGUAUUUAAAAGUUUCCGACCUGCCCAAAUCUUGGGACUGGAGGAACAUCGAUGGCAUCAACUAUGUGAGCACGACCCGCAACCAGCACAUUCCCCAGUACUGUGGCUCCUGCUGGGCCCAUGGCAGCACCAGCGCCAUGGCAGACCGUAUAAACAUUAAGAGGAAGGGAGCGUGGCCGUCUGCCUAUCUCUCCGUCCAGCAUGUGAUCGACUGUGGUGACGCCGGCAGUUGCCAUGGAGGAGAUCACAGCGGCGUUUGGGAGUACGCCAACACACACGGGAUCCCAGAUGAAACCUGCAACAACUACCAGGCUAAAGACCAGCAGUGCAAACCCUUCAAUGAGUGUGGCACCUGCACCACCUUCGGAGUGUGUAACAUUGUGAAGAACUACACCCUGUGGAAAGUUGGAGAUUUUGGAUCUGUCAGCGGCAGGGAGAAGAUGAUGGCAGAGAUCUACGCUAGAGGACCAAUCAGCUGUGGGAUUAUGGCCACAGAGAAACUGGAUGCCUACACCGGAGGUCUCUACUCUGAAUAUUAUGAGGAUCCUGGCAUCAACCACAUCGUGUCAGUGGCAGGAUGGGGAGUGGAAGACGGCGUUGAAUACUGGAUUGUACGCAACUCUUGGGGAGAGCCAUGGGGUGAGAAGGGCUGGCUCAGGAUCGUGACCAGUGCCUACAAGGGAGGAAGUGGAAGCACAUACAACCUGGCUGUGGAGGAGGACUGCAUGUACGGAGACCCAAUUGUCCCCAAGGCCUACCUGUAGAGCAGACCAGCACACACCGUGUCAGAGGUCGUCACUGCACAGUCGCAUGUCUUCCUUUCUCGGGUAGAGGGAAACUUUUUAUUUGUACAAUGCUGAAAAGGGAAUAAGUUUGUUUAGAUUUUUUUUUUUUUCAAGCAAUCUCUUUUUUUUUUUUUUUACAUUUGUAAUCGCGCUCAAGCUGUAGUGUGGAGGUCUUCCAGCUGGGCUUCAGACUGUGAAUCAAUGCAUAUUUUCAGUUUUUUAACAGUGAAAACUCUGUUUAACAGUCUGAAAUGUCUAAAUUGAGUGGGGGAAUGAAAAAAAAAUCAGUCAUUUCUGUUUUAAUCAAACACUGCAUGUUUGAUGCCAUUUUAGACAUCCAAAAGAUGCAAGAAUUUCUUCAGUUUACAACAUCACGAGGACAUCUGCAGCUCUUCAUAGUUUAGACUUUUCCAUUCAAACUUACUCAGCCAAAGAACACAUUGCUUUUUAAAUAGUCUUGAACUGCUCCGACAACGAAUGUCUUCAGUGUGUGGCAUUCAUGAGUGAACAAAAUUGCACUACACCCUGAUUUAAAACAAACUUAAGUGUGCCUUACACACACUGGCAGUCAUAGAUUUAUGUAAUUUCUGUUAGUUUUUACAAUCUACACAUCAUAAAUUCUGCAAAAUUUGUUGUUUUGUGCCAAUAAAGAACACUUUAAAAGUGAUGUUCCACAAAA